AGGAUAAGAGGGAAAAAGUCAGCUCAAAAAAUCAAAACUGCAACUCCAACCCAAAGCUUAUAAUUGUGAUACGAAGUACGAAUGGCGGUUGCAGUCACGAGCUGCGGCCUCUCCCUGUUCACUUCUACCCUUACAUUCCGUUCCUCUCUUACCUCCCAACCCCGCUCCGCCACUUUGCAGAUAUCCAAUGGCUCUAUCACUCCCAAAGCCUCCAAUCACAGGAGCAGACCUUCAAAUCCUCAAAGAGGCUCCUCCUCCUCCUCAUCGUCCUCCAGUAAAUCCAGCGGAGAGAAGAAUAUUCCAGGAAGAUCAAAGGAUGGCAGGCCUAACUUAUAUGCUGAUGGAAAUGGUGGAAGAGAGGAUAUUGGGCGUGCUCAAUCAACAUCUGUUAAAUCAUUUGGCAUGCAAAGAAAAGACAAGAAGGACAUCCAUUUUGAUAUAAGGCAGCAGGUUGAACCAGAGAAUCUUCAAAAUUCAGCUUUUCUUAAUGCUGUUGUGAAGGUUUAUUGCACCCAUACUACCCCAGAUUAUUCCCUUCCUUGGCAAAAGCAAAGACAAUAUACAAGCACUGGAAGUGCUUUUAUAAUUGGGGAUGGGAAACUUUUGACAAAUGCACAUUGUGUUGAACAUGAUACACAGGUCAAAGUUAAGAAAAGAGGAGAUGAUACAAAAUAUGUGGCUAAGGUUCUAGCCAGGGGCGUUGAUUGUGAUAUAGCUUUGCUUUCGGUAGAAAGCAAGGAGUUUUGGGAAGGAGCAGAAUCACUCAAUUUUGGGCGCUUGCCAUGUCUUCAGGAUGCAGUAACUGUUGUAGGAUACCCCCUCGGAGGGGACACCAUAUCUGUGACAAAAGGAGUUGUAUCACGUAUAGAGGUUACAUCAUAUGCUCAUGGGUCAUCUGAUUUGUUAGGAAUUCAAAUUGAUGCGGCAAUAAAUCCUGGUAAUAGUGGUGGCCCUGCAUUCAAUGAACAAGGGGAGUGCAUUGGAGUAGCAUUUCAGGUUUACAGAUCUGAAGCAGCUGAGAAUAUUGGAUAUGUGAUUCCAACUACAGUUGUUUCUCAUUUUCUUAAGGACUAUGAAAGGAAUGGGAAAUACACUGGUUUUCCUAGCCUUGGCAUAUUUUGGCAAAAGUUAGAGAAUCCGGCCCUACGUGCGUGCUUAAAAGUACAGUCUAAUGAGGGGGUACUGGUACGGAGAAUUGAACCCAUUUCUGAUGCAAAUAAUGUCUUGAAGGAGGGGGAUGUCAUUGUAAGCUUUGAUGAUAUUCAUAUAGGAUGUGAAGGGACAGUGCCAUUUCGAUCAAGUGAGCGCAUUGCAUUUCGUUACCUCGUCAGCCAGAAAUUUGCUGGUGAUGUAGCAGAACUUGGAAUAAUCAGAGCAGGAAAGUUGAUGGGAGUUAAUGUAGUUUUGAACCCACGAGUGCAUUUGGUUCCUUAUCAUGUUGAUGGAGAUCAACCUUCGUAUAUAAUAAUUGCUGGUUUUGUGUUUACCACACUUUCGGAACCACUGAUUGAUGAGGAGUGUGAAGAUUCGAUAGGGUUGAAACUACUGGCAAAGGCAAGUUAUUCCUUAGCAAGGUUCAAAGGGGAACGGAUUGUGAUCUUAUCACAGGUCUUAGCAAACGAAGCCAACAUUGGAUACGAGGAUAUGAGCAGUCAGCAAGUUUUGAAAUUCAAUGGAACUCGAAUAAAGAACAUCCAUCACCUAGCACACCUUAUUGAUUCAUGCAAGGACCAAGAUCUAGUUUUUGAGUUUGAAGACAAUUACAUUGCUGCUUUGGAGAGGAAAGCAGCAACUGCUGCUUUGCCCUGCAUUCUCAAAGAUUAUGGGAUUCCCUCGGAAAGAUCUUCUGAUUUGUUGGAGCCAUAUGUAGAUUUAUGGGGAGACAACCAAGCAACAAUAGAUCAGGACUUAAUUGGUUCGAGUCCGGUUUCAAAUUUGGAAAUUGGCAUAGAUGGUCUUCUCUGGACAUAAUUAACUUACGCUGAGAGGUCGAUCACAAUUUUCUCAUAGCAGUCAUACUUGUGAUAGUUUAGGGUAAAAAUUAGAAAAUUGCAAAUAGUUUAUUGGUGAAAAAUGUAAUUUUUCCUUACAAAAAAAACAAGAAAGAAACAUGUUCUUACAAUCUAGCAAAG